CGUCUUACAAAAUCCUUCUCCUUUCCUUUUUCAUCCGUCCCAAAAAAUUCUUCCAUUUCUUUAUUAAAAAGUUAGGGGCUGUUUGUUUCAGCCUCUUAAUGGUUCAGAUGUCUGAAUGGUUCAGCACUUAAUGGUUCAGACUGUUUGUUUCAGCCUCUUAAUGGUUCAGAUGUCUGAAUGGUUAAGAGAUUUGCCUCUGAAUGGUUAAGUAUUAUACAGAGUCUGAAUGGUUAAGACCUCUUAUCUGAAUUGAUCAGACAUUUGCCUCUGAAUAGUUAAGCAAUAUACUAGCUCUUAAUGGUUCACACCUCUUACUGCUCCGUUUUCUCAAUCCUUGAUUUCUGGCGGCCGUAUGGAAGGCGAGAUCCCGGAGAAGACGGAUCGUCGCCGUCAAGACGGAGACGGGGAGAACAGUAGCGGAAAGCUGAGGAUCGGCGGUCAGAAGCCGUCAACGCCGCCGUCCGCGGCGGCGGAGAAGAAGGAGCACGUCUGCGCGGACUGCGGCAAGGUGUUCAGCUCCGGGAAGGCGCUCGGAGGUCACAUGAGCAGCGCGCACGUCCAGGCGGGCCGGGACUACUCGUACAAGAAGAAGAAGAAGACCCCGCUCCGCCGCGGCGGCGGCGGCGCUGCGGCGUUUUCCGACGAAGACGAGGAGGCGGCCGACGAGGAUGAGGACCUAGCUCUCCGCGAGUACUACCGCGGAAUAGACGGGAAAAUCCGUUGCAAUCUUUGCGGGAAGCGGUUCCCCUCGAGGAAGUCCUUGUUCGGCCACAUGAGAUGCCAUCCGGAGAGGGGGUACAGGGGAAUGGAACCGCCAAUCGACGAAGCCGAGGACAGCGGCGAAGAGGACCGCCGCCGCCGCUAUCUGCCCGACCAACCCGGCGGCGGCGCGGGGGUCGAAUUGGAGAGGCUACUGUGGGGCUGGUCGGUGAAGGGGACGAGAGGGCGGCCGCCGAUUCAGACGGCCUUCUCCUCGUCCUCUUCCUUUUCCCGAGACGAAGUCAAACUCCACCGGGCGGUCAACAACCUGGUAAGUCUUGUCAAGGCCGCCGAUUCUCCAUCUCCCAAAAACCCUAAUAAGCUCCAAUUUCUGGAUGAGAAGAGAAAUUGCCUUGUUCUCGAUGCUGGUAAUUUCAAUAAUGGAUCUGCAAACAAGGGGAAGGGGAAGGUGGUGUGGGAACCCAGGUAUAGAUCCGGGGAGAAAUCGAGCUCCGAAGAGGAGGACGAUGACGUGGCAGGCUCGAUGAGCUCGGAAGACGAGGACGACGAAGAAGAAGAAUUGGGGAUGGCAUUGGUCAAUUUGAAGAAUGGGUCUUCUUUGGGAUCUGACAACAACAACAAGAAGAGGAAGAGAACAAGUGAGGAGGAUUUUGGAGGAGGCAUUGGUUGGAAGUAUAAUAGGAGCAGUAAUAAUUGUGGAGGGGAAGAAGAAGAGAAUAACAAUAACAACAAGUUCAAAUGCAGCACUUGUAGCAAGUGCUUCACCAGCCACCAGGCCUUGGGAGGCCACAGGUCAAGCCACAACAAGUUCAAAGUCACCAUCCAAAACGCCAUUGAUGUCGUCGCGGAGGAGGAUGAAGACAACAAUAAUGGCGAAGAAGAAGAAGAAGAAGACUGCACGAUUGGCAGCUACCAAUGCGGGGUUUGCAACAAGGCGUUUGCGACGCGGAGGGCAUUGGGCGGUCACAGGAAGUGCCAUUCCACCCCCGCCUCUAGCCUGCAACAACAGCACCACCACCAUCAGCAGCAGCAGCUGAUCAUGGCCUCAGCUGCUGUUGCCGCUGUUGGUGCUGUUGCUGCUGCUACUACUACCACCACCACCUCUUCAUCUUCCCCUCCUCGGCUUGUCGAAAAUCGCAAGAUUAUUCUCGAUUUCGAUCUCAACGAGAUUCCAGAUGACGACAUGGACGACGCUCAAAUCGAGUGAUGAUGAUGAUGAUGAUGAUGAUUGAAUCCAUCCAAGGCAAAUGUCUGAUCAAUUCAGAUAAGAGGUCUUAACCAUUCAGACUCUGUAUAAUACUUAACCAUUCAGAGGCAAAUCUCUUAACCAUUCAGACAUCUGAACCAUUAAGAGGCUGAAACAAACAGUCUGAACCAUU